AAGUGCGAAUUUGGUCCCGCCCCCAUAAUCCCAACAAUUAUCACAAGUAACUUCAGAGUAACGAUCACUGAUGGCACAAGCAACGUUUUCCAUAACUGGAAUUUUAAUGAAGGCUUUGAUCUAACGGCAUAUAACGACAGAGGUGUUCAGAAUAUGGUUGCCAUAGACGCACAGAAUCCUCCAAAAUGGGUUAAAUCUAGUUUAGAUCUUACAGAGAAUGAUAAUCUCGACACACCUCAACUCACUACAAGAGACGAAAUUUUAGCAGCAACUUUUCAAAAAGCUACAGAAUUGUGUAAUGGCUUGAUAAGUGAUAUGUCGUCAUCAAUUUCUGGCUCAAGCGUCGAAGGUCUCACAUCUAUACAUAAUGCACUGUGUAUUCUUGAAUCUUCAAAAACAGAUGAAAAUACUCAAGCAGAAGCUGUUAUGGCUGGAUAUGCUGAUUUGUAUAUGGGUGCGGAAAAUUCAACGACGAAUCCACUACAAGAGAGUUGUGACUUGGAAUCUUUGACAGAUUAUAUUGGUGCAGGUGGUAAUAACUGUGAUGUCAACUGUUACUUUGGAAAUGUUAUCAAUGAUACAUGUAUAUGUUAUGAUUCACACUGGGGAUUAACUUGCAAUAAAAUUUGCCCCUCUGGCAACCUAGGUGGUUGCAACACAUACGGCGUAUGUGAUUCUCAAAUUGGCAUCUGUAAUUGUCAUCCACGACAUUAUUCUAAUUCCAAAACCGUAGCAGAGUUCUGGACUAAUUACUUGUCAUCAUCAAAUAUGAGUAUGCCUAGAACAUACGCAUGUGAAUCUUGUUCUAGUAACUGGAUUGGAAAAGACUGUGAGUUUGCGCAAUCAUCCAAAUCAAGCUAUGCAGGAAUAAUAUAUGGAUCAUACAUCAGCACAUUCGAUGGCGUCUCACUUACUCACGCUACACCGGGUGUCUAUGCAAUUAUAAAAUCUUCUUCAGUUAAUAUUCAAGCACUUUUCCUGCCGUGUGUCGGAACGUAUACUUGUCGUUAUCUUAAAGAAGUUUCAAUGAGAGUUGGGAGUGCAUCAUUAAUCAUCCAACACAAUCCUGGUACAAAUGUAACGCUCAAUCUUCUGGGGACAGAAUUAAGUUUUCCAAUUACGCAAUCAUCAAGUGGUAUUGGAGUGGAAUGGACAGAGGAAGAAUUCAUUAAAAUCACUUUUAAAAGUUCGAAAUUAAUAAUAUUUGACUCAAACUUUGGACUUGUUGCAACAGCUGAUAUUCAGUCAGAUAUUGCCAGCAAUAAUGAAGGGUUGUUAGGAUCAGCCGACGGCUCCUGGACAAACGACAUUCAGUGUAAAGAUGAAACUGAUACAUUAAACCAAAAUGAUAUAACCGGAAGCUAUGCCGGAAAAUGUUUGAGGGCAAACUUUAUUGUAAGUACAGAUGACGCCAUAAUAGCUCAUGAACAUGGGUCUGAGAGUCUGUCGUCUGGAGGUCACGCCUUACAGUUAUUAACAGGUCAGAGUUUCACAAUCAGUGGGUUAACCUUAACUCCUUUGGAUUCUAAAUUUACAAUAAGCUUUUGGUCAAAAUCAAAUAUAUUAUCGAAAAAACGAUCUGCCACAUCGUACUCUCUUCUUUCAACCGACGUUGGCUCGCAGAAUCUUAUUCUUCAGGUCAAUUCUGGCAAUCUAGAAAUCAUUUGGGAUAGUACGUACACAACUUCGCUAACAAUCAAUACUGAUACCUGGUAUUAUAUAUCUUUAACCUGGCAAUCAUCUGAUGGAACAUUGACAAUUUAUCUCAUGACGGAAUACACAUCAGAAAGUAGUUCUAUACCUGACGUGAAUACUGGAGCCACAAUUAAUGUAGAGCAGAUUACAAUAUCUGCUUCAUCAUCUGCCAGUGUAACAAUCGACUGUAUACGGUUAUGGGCAAAACAUGCAACUGAUAAAGAUGCAGGGGAGGACAUGCAUGCAUACUGCAGCGCCACAGAAUCAGAUAAAAGUCUGAUGUUUUCACUACCAUUUGAUGAAGGUGAAGGAACAACGUCAUCAAUGACAUUAUAUGACAGCACUUCUGGUAUGGAAUCGGGAUCUGCCACAGGGACAUUAGCAGGUUCUUCAACUGAAGAAAUGUGGAUACCAUCAUCGAUUCCUAUACAUGCCGUUCACCUUCCGGACAGACUGACUUCCUAUAGUCGUUUUGAUGUACCCGAUUAUACCAAUGCAGCGAGAGAUUGUCUUGAAGUCAUAAAUAACGAGACAUUAACAGAUAAUUGUGCUUCUAUGACGAGCAGUAUUAAAGAUUUCUACCUAGAAGCAUGCAUUCGCGAAUAUGAAAGAGCAGGCUCAGAAGAUGCUAUGAAAAUAUUACUCUACUCACUUAUUUAUUACUGUGUAUCGGUAACAGGCGCAUCCGAGUGCUCAUUUGAGGAUUAUUUCUAUUUCUGCGAAGAAGAAGAAGAUUCCUCUUCUUCCGAGUUCCCGUUCUGGAUCAUCAUUCUUAUUGUAAUUGUCAUUCUGUUGAUUGCAGCAAUAAUCAUUGUUGUCGUGUACAAGAAAAAACACUCUAAAGGAAAUCAAGCAUUAGAAGAAGAAGAAUUGGUUUCCGAGGUUCCACAUAGAAAAUUCGACAGAACAAAACUACGCACGCGUGAAACAUCUUUUAUGUCAACAACAAGCACGAGAAUAGCAUCUCCUACCUGGUCAGAGGAUGGUAGGUCGUCUGCAGCCUCUAUGACAUCAAGGGGAACCAUCAACUCUAGAUUCUUCGAAUCUCCUAUUAUGUUUAUAGGAUCUCCACCGACAAGUACGCAAGAAUUUGGACGUAGCCCGACACCAUCUUCAAGUAGAGGUUGGUCUCCAUUAAGUUUCCUUAGUGGCAAAGGGUCAGUUUCACCCGAACCUAUAAACAUUAAAGUCAAUUCGUCGCCAAGCGGAAACAUUAAUGAUAAACAAAAACCUAAGGAUAAGAAGGAAGCAACCGUUUCAGCAGCAUCAGGAAGCCAGGCAGCCGUCACAAAAAUGUUGGAAAAAGCCCGUGCAAAUGCUGGGACGACAUCACCACAUCCUAUAAAUCCUCCAAACAAAAUGUUUUCUCAACCUCAACCAAGCACAACUCGUGCGUUAGCAACCCCAGCUUCCACGCCAUUACCGCCAGGUAAUAGUUCUGCUCCAACGAGUAUCUUUGGCGCAAGGGGAACCCCGUUGCCAAAAUUCAGUGCACCAACAAGCAUUUUUGGAAAUAGAGAUACUCCUCAGCCUAAGUUUUCGACAGACACUUCAAGCGGACGAGGAAGCGAUACAAGGAUGCCCACUGUUGCUGCAAAGGGAAUAUCGAUACCUCGUCAGCCAGCGUCUUCCAUGAGUUUAGGCUCAAGGAGUAGGCGGCAAUCAAAUACACAAUCAAAUCUAAGCAAUAUUCUAGACGAUUUAGAUACUCAGUAACUGUGUUGCUU